GCGGGCUCCAGGACCGGGAUGUGGCUAUAAGCGGGAGGCGUGGCAGGCCUCCCAGUGUCGCUUGCCGAGGGCUGCGCUUUUGUCCUCCGAGAAUCUUCCUGGUGGCGUUUUAGCUCUGUUCCGGGGCAGACUUCCUCGACUCCUCCACGACCCGCAGUUACCGCGAGCGGACGGCUCCUGGCGCUUGCUCCCCGAGCAUCCAGAGGCCUUCCAGAAGCAGAAUACAGCUUUACUUCUCUACAGAGGAGUGGGGUCCUUUCAGCCAUGAAGCCUCUGUUGAACCUCUAUCUCUUAGGUGUGGUGCUCACCCUGCUCUCCAUUUUCGUGAGACUGAUGGAGUCCCUGGGAGGCUUACUGGAGAGCCCAUUGCCUGGGAGCUCCUGGACUGCCAGAAGUCAGCCAGCCAGCACAGAGCCCGAGGGCCUUCCGCACCGUCCAUCCAGAGGGGUGUGAUAAGACCUCACUCCACCGGCUAUAACCUUGGAACCCCAGGCAGGGGUCCAGGCAGGAGCUGCACAGGCAGGCUCAGAACAUCAGUGUUAUCAAACUGUUUCCCAGGCCCUUGAAGGGCCUCUCCCCUCUGGAUGCGCCUUGUCCUGGAAAAAGAGCCUGCCUGAUGUGAAUGGGUUGCCUGUGACUGCGAGGGAAUGAUGUCACUCUUCCCAGGGUCUGCUGUACCCUCUGGUGUCCUUGACAACAUUUCUCUGACAUCUCUUAGAUAGGGGCUUGUGCUUCAUGUUCCGCUGCCUGGAGAUGGUGUCAUCUUCAUCCCUGCUUCCUCAGCAUCUGCCAAGAGUUCCUUCGGACUUGGUGUCUUAUGGUCAAUCUGUCUGGUGUCCAGCCUCCCUUCCCUGAGAGCUUGUCUGUGUGUGGACAACAGUUGAAGUGGUGUAUGGGUUGGUGUAUGGGAGGGGGAUGAUGAAAUAGUGUCCAAUUCUCAUUGUUUCACAUGUUAAAUGUCCUUUCUCCAACACAGCAUGAAUUUGUGAAUGAAUAUUGGUCUGAAUGGGACAGUGGGAUGACAAAGCCUGCUCAGGAUGUGGCAUUAUGGCCACCAUGUGGCUUAAGUGGGUUUUUCUAGUGAAAUAAAAGUUGAGUAUAUAUUUCCA